AUGGACGACGUCUGGGCAUCUUCCGGCGAUGAGUCGGACGGAGCUGCUCCGAGCUCCAUCAACAAGGUAGAUGACGACGUCUGGGAGGAGGAGGAGGACCAGGCAGCCAGCGCCGGCAAGAGAGAGACGCUGUCAGUCAGGGAGGAGGAGAGCGUGAGGAAGAGGUUGUACAAGGAAGGGUACAAAGAAGCCAUCGGAGCGGCCCGAGAGAAAUUCCUGCAGGCUGGGUUUGAGGAAGGGUUCAAGGAAUCGUUCCUGCAGGGAUUGAGGACGGGCAGGGUUGUUGGAUUCUGCAGUGUCCUGCAAGGGUCGAGGAAAGACGGGGCUGAGAGGAAGGAGCUUGGGGAGCUGUCAAAACGAGCAAACGAGUACAAGGUGACAACCAGCACCGAAGGCAUCGAGGAGAUGGAGGAGAUGAUGAACAAGUGGAGGAUAGCGUGA